AUGGACUCCACCCAAGUCGUGGAAUUGACGGGCAAGCUUUGUCAGGAAAACAUGUGGGAAAACCCAUCUGUUCUGGCGGUCAAGUCUUUACAGUCACCGAACUUCGGGGUGAUUGGGCGUAUCACAAGCAAACGUUCCGCUUCAAAGCUUCAUGGACGGGGCACGACAUUUGUUUCAAGUGCCCGGCGCGCAGAGCAAAAGCUCUUCCUGAAGACCUGUAUCAGAAUGUUCAAGCGGAUGCAAAGUGGCUACAGGAAGAGUUUGACACUGCUGGUUUCUUGCGUGAACGCUUGCCGGGUGAUGACCCUUGCCCUCUCAUCCUGCUCUAUGGCUUUCACCCUGAUGUUGUGA